CCUAAUCAUUAGAAACCUCAAUUCAUAUAUUUAAAUUAAUUACUUAGUUUUUUUAAAAAUUUAAUUUAAAAUACAAAAUAAAUUUCACAGGAAAACUUUGAUGAUUGAUAGUAAUUAUUUUUAAAAAUGCAAUUAAAAUCAAUCACAUUUCUUAUCAAUAAUGAAACCAUUUGAAACAUUCGACGAGUCAUUUGAAAACGCCAAUAUGACCUCGUGUUUAGUUCUGCAUAUAAACUAUCAAUUAUUAAAAAAGUUUAAAGAGCAGUUUCGAAUUUCCAACAAUGUUUGCAAAGGUUAAAAAGAGUGCUUUGAAAUGGACUCCAAAUCAAAAAAAGUCAAAUCAUAAAUAGUCAAACUUUUAAGUGGUCAGGUAAGACAAAAGAAUUUUUCUCAAAUUAAUUUCAAAAAAAAAAUUAUUUGUAUUUUUCUAUUCCUUCUCAUUUACAUUGUAAAAAUGCACUGUCUCUUUCUUUUUCCGCUUAAAGUAUUAGAUUUAUUGCGAUAUAGCUUCACGAACAAGAAAUAAUCAAAUCCAGUUUUAAAGAAAGAAACGAACAACCAACGUCAAACAAUUCUUUGCCCUCCCAGAAUUCCUUAGUAUUUUCAAAGUGAUUGAAGGGUAGACAGUUCCUCAGUUAUCAUUCGACAGCUGAUAUUUAUCUUAUUUUAUCGUCCUUCACCUAAUUUUUUCCGCCAUGUGUUAGUAGUACUUUAACGUAAUUAUUUAAAAUAAAAAUUAUUCAUACGCAGUCCAUUGUUUAUUUCUACACGACGCUAUUUUGAUAGAUUGAAAUAGUCAAAUCGCUUGACUUAUCAGGAUAAAUCUGCUGUCUUCAGAAAUAGAAAUCUUAUUAAUAUAGAAGGAAAAAUGAAUUGUAUGUCUGUGAGAUAUAUUUUUAAAAAAACUUAAAUUUAACAAGUAAUAAUACCACUUCAGAACUUUAGUGUCCAUAUUAUUCACAACCUAAUUAAGGUACAGAUUUAGAGAACGAGUCAUUAGAUAAAGUGUGAAACCAGUGGAUCUAAAAAAAAGAUUGAACUUUCGGAAGCAACUUAAUUUGAAGCUGAUGGUAAAAAAAUUCAACUUUUUGGCCAAAAAAGGCGACGAAAAAAUAAUUCAUUUUGAAUACAGAAAUGAAUCCUUCAGCGAGCGACUUCUUACCCUACCAUAUAACUAACGCAGAGGAUCCUGCUCUGUUACCAAAUCUGAGAAAAAUAAAUGAAUCAGAUGAAACGAAAGAGAAAUGCCUAGAAAUUCUACGCAAGGAUCUGAAAAAUGUAGAGGACAUUGAACCUUGCUUGGAAGAUGAUUUCUUAUUAAGAUUUCUGAGGGUGUCGAAGUUCAACACGUCGAAUGCAUUUCAGAGAGUACUUAAAUAUUACCAGCAGUUUGACAUAACGUUGGAAGCACUCAAAAAAGUGUCUCUACCUGUUCAAAGAGCUCAAAGUGUAAAGUACAUCUGGAUUUCUCCUCGCAGAUUGAAGAAUAAUUCAGCUUUAGCUAUCGCACAAGCAAGAAAUCUUGAUUACAACAAAAUUACCCUCGCAGAACGUAUAUAUCUAGAUAUGUUGGCUGUCAAUGGAGCACUUGAAAAUCCUGUCACUCAGAUAACGGGGUUUACAGCAGUGUUUGACUUCAGAGGAUUCAACAUACAUGCCGCUCUAGUGCACACGCCUUUUUGGUGUAAGAUCUUUAUGGAUACAAUAACGAAAGCAUUUCCUGCUAAAAUUAAUGCUGCCCACAUAGUGAAUCCUCCAACCAUAUUUUGGGCUGUGUUCAAAAUCAUGCGUCCAUUCAUUCCGAAAAAGAUACAAGAUAGAUUAUUUAUGCACUCAAGUGACGGCUGGGAGAGUUUACAUUCUUCAAUACCACCCGAAGUACUUCCCGAAGAAUAUGGCGGAAAAUUGAAAUUCGAUUCUUUCAUUAAUGCUCUGGAAAACAUUGAAGAACUAGAUGAACAUUUUCGUAAAUUUCUUAGAUUUGGUUACAUUAAAAACAAAGCAAGCCGACUGUGUUUCAGACCCAUUUGUAAGAAAAAGUAAAAUUUUCUUUGUGAGAAAACAGGCAUUAAAAAGAAUAUUUUAAGUGCUUGAAUAUUAGCAUUCUUCAGCGAUACACUAACAAUUCUCUGUGUUAAUUAUUUUUAUUUAUUUAUAUGUUUGUAAAUGUCCGCCGCUGUGAUUACUAAUAAAAAAG